AUGCCCCCAGGGCCAGAUGGCGUCCCUAUUCUAGGGAACAUGCUCCAAAUCCCGCCUCACCAUUCCUGGUUGAAAUUCAAGGAAUGGGCGGACCAGUAUGGCCACAUCAUACGCUUCACCGUCCUGGGCAGGGAAAACGUUGUUCUCUCAACCGAGCGAGCGGCCAACGACCUGCUGCGCGAAAGGGGAACAACGUACUCGUCCCGUGAACACCUCGUCAUGGCGAGCGGCAUCCUCUCGGAUAACCUUCGGCCCUUACUGCUAGGCUACGACGAACGCUGGCGGCGCGGCCGAAAGCUUAUGCAUCAGUUGACCAUGGAAAAAAUGGCGAAAUCGUACCAGCCUUCUCAGAGCAUCGAGUCAAAGCGGAUGCUCUACGACCUCAUCCGGGACCCAUCCAGAUAUGAGCUGUGGUUCGAGCGGUACGCCGGCGGAUUGAUCUUUCGGAUAGGAUAUGGCAAGACCAUCGUGACCGGCGAGGAAGCUCACGUCAGAAAGGCUCUCCACGUUGUCCAUAGUGUGGAACGGAUCGCGUCUCCUGGGUCCUAUCUUGUCGAUACCAUACCCAUUCUGCAAUAUCUCCCGGAAUGGAUGGCACCGUUCAAGAAGGAGGGCCGCCAGCUUCACGAGGCUGAGCUCAAAUUCUUUCGGACGCUGAUCAAUGAUGUCCGGGCUGAGAGAGAAGCUAAAGUGACCGCACCGUCCUUCACCAAUACCUGGCUCGAAGAACAGGACGCCUAUGGACUGACAGAGGACGAGGCCGCAUACGUGAUCGGAACGCUGUUCGAAGCGGGAAGCGGCACAACAGCCUCAGCCAUGAUGUCCUUUAUGUUAGCCAUAACUCUCUAUCCAAAAUGGCAAGAGCCCAUGUGGGAGGAGAUUGACCGCGUGUGUGGGGAUAGAAUGCCCGAGUUUGACGACGUGCCCGAUCUACCGGUAUGCCGUGCUGUCAUCAAAGAGGUUCUCCGUUGGAGACCAGUUACAGCCGGAGGCGUGCCUCACCAGUUAAUAAAGGACGACGUUUACAACGGAUUUUUCUUCAAGAAGGGAACCAACUUUCACGCCAAUCAAUGGGGAAUCCACCGCGAUCCGGAGCUAUACCCUGACCCGGAAGCUUUCAAUCCGGACCGCUGGCUGAUGCCUGAAUAUCCCACCUACAGAGAGCCGCUGACCAAGUUCCCAAGCCUGCAGAACUACUCGGCGUUUGGGUUUGGCCGUAGGAUAUGCCCAGGAAUGAAUAUUGCUGAGCGCUCUCUUUACAUCUUCACCGCACGUGUCGCCUGGGCUUGUCGGAUUAGCCGGAAGAAGGAUUCUCAAGGUAACGAAAUCAUCCCCCCAGAGUAUAACUACACCACGGGUUUCAAUACGCAACCAAAGCCGUUUCUCUUUGACCUCCAGGCGAGGUCUCGGGAAAAGGCCGAGUAUGUGGCCCAGGCAUGGGAGGAGGCAAAGGGGACUGAUCCGCUGAAACAUACGGCUAACUAUGAACUGGGUCAAGCUUCUGGGAAGCAAGUCUUAGGCCAGUGA